AUGGAAAGUAUGGUUUUUCCGGCAGCACGUGAAGGCAGCCAAAGUUCGAAAAGUAUGGCGGCGGAGUGUACGACAUCAAUAACAGAGCAGUGGAUACGGGACAAACUACGACUGAAACAUCCGUGUCUGAGUGAUGUCCGCUCGCUGAGCCUCCCGGGGACAUGUGAGGAGAAGAUCAGACAUCUGGGACAUGCUCUGAACAACUUCGUCCGUCUCAAGUCUCUGGAUCUGUCCUGCAAUGCUCUCGUCUCUGUUGAGGGGGUUCAACACUUGAAAUCGCUGGAGAGGCUGAUCCUGUACUAUAACUGCAUACCCUCCCUUGAAGAGGUGAAAGUGCUCUAUGAGCUGACAUCUUUGAGAGAGCUGGACCUCCGACUCAACCCUCUGACCAAGAGUUACCCAAACUUCCGCCCUUACGUGGUACAUGCCAUGCCCAAACUACGCAAGCUCGAUAGCUGUUCAGUCUCAGACACCGAGCGCAAAGCUGCCAUAAUGCAGUUCUCCUCUGACAUUUUACCUAACCCUAACCCGAAGAGCUCCCGUCAAAGUCAGUGCGAAGACAAAAGAAGCAGCGAUGCGAGAUUGGCUCAAGUGAACCGCUUGACCAAAAGGCUCUCUCUCCUGACUAAUCCCAAUGAUAUUGUAUUAAACCUUGUGGAGAUGAAUCCUGGAGACCAAAGUGAAACCAUCUCGGCCUCUGUUCACAAGAAGGCAGGAAAACCAGCAGAGGAAGAACCAAAAGAUGUUACAGAACAGAGGAGCUCAACUCCUAAACAGGAAACGGCUAAAUCCAUCCUGAGAUAUCCCCCCACAAAAUAUGAUAACACCAGGUCGAAAAUGCCACACGUGAAGGAUUUGUCUCAUAAAAAAAGUUCUACCUCAUCAAAAGUCACUGAGAGACCAAAGGUGUCCUUCGGCCCCUUUGUAGAGACACGCAGACCUGUACCCGGAAAACAGGAGGAUUUCCCCAAACAAACCAGACACGUGGCCAAGGGACAUUUCACCCCCAAUCCUGAUCAAAGUCAGCGUCUUUGUUCUUCAUUCGUUAACCUCCGACCUCCCAGUCCACAUCGUCCUGGUUUGAAUCUGUCUGACCCCUCAAACCCCAUCUUACAUCCUCCAAGACUGACCUACUCCAGCUUCAACAAGACAGAAGGGGGCUCCAGCUCCCUGCAGCAAGAAGAAAUUAAGAAAAAGGGUAGUUACAGGAAACCCCUGGAGAUGCUUCUUAAUCUCGUGGACAAACACUGGAAAGGAGAGAGGUCACUGCAUCAAAACAACAACUUCCUGUCUCAGGCAGUCAAGAUCCUCUCUAUGAUGGAAAACGAUAUUUCCAUCCGGGAGGCUGAGGUCAAGACCUUAAGACGGGAAGCCGGCGCCAUGAGCGUCCAAGCGGCUGCACGAGAGCAAGAGCACAAAACCGAAGUCCGUGACCUCUCUGCUCAGCUGGAGGAAACUCGCUCUGCAGUUGGCAAACUAAACGAGCAGCUGAGGAUUGUCUUGGAGGAAAACGUCGCUCUGCAGAAACAGCUCAUCAAGUUAGAGCGACAGUAUCUCAAGUCUAUGAUGAAAAGUUCACCUGUCACUCAGAUUAAAGAGGCUCAGAUAGAAGUGGAGGAGCUGAGGAAAGAGAUCGAGGGGCUGAGGGAGAAAGUGCACGAGGCUGAGACAGUCAAGGAAUCGUCAGAUGUACUGCAAGAAAGCCAGGUCCCUGGUGGCUACCACUGAAGGUUUGCUAGCUGAGCUGAAGGGGAGAGAGGAACGUAAAAGAAGCAUUUGAAUGAGGAGAUACGCACCGGUAUGAAAAAGUGUGUCAUAUUAGCAUUGCAGUAAUGGCAUGAGGCCCGGCAGCUAAAGAGUGUUUGUAAUUCAUUUUAAUUUAUUUAUAGUCCUUGCAGUGUACACUUCAUUUUUGUUUGUAGCAAGUUCCCAGCCGAUUCCAUUAAUGUUUAUUAUUUUCCCCCAAAAAAUGUAUAGAUUGUGUUUUCUCGAUGGAAACAAUGACGGAGAAAGGCAAUUCAUUCAAGCAUGGUUGUGUAUAAUUGUGUGACAAGGCCGUUAUGCUAACAAAUGAUUUUAGAGAGAAAAAAUGUUAGAGAGAAGGUCACAACGUAUUUCCUGGAUCAGUAGCAAGAUUGCGUCUCUCUUGGCUGUUUUUAUUUUUUUGUAUGUUUUUAGGUCAGUUGUGUCUCCAUCUGCUUUGUACACUGCAGUGGAAUGAAUGCAUCUCGAUUCCAGCUGCACUGUGACUUUAUUUAUACUUCUACCUUGGGGCUCUUGAGCUUCGCACACAUGCACUUUUCUCUAGCAGACGCUAAUGCAGGACCUGGCAAACCAGGUUCGACUGUGGACUCUGCAUACAGUCAGCUGAAUGUAGCUUUUACCCUCAUGUGAAUGGUACACGUUCCUGGAAAAAGCCAUAAUAAAAAAUAACACAUCA